AGCUUUCCAUCAGAGUUUGUUGAACAUGCUUUGUGGAACAGGCCCUGGGCCUUUGAAGGGCCAGCAAUGAACUCAAGAAAGAGUUUUCAUGGAAAGAGUCUGGCACACUCUAUCGGCCAUAAGUGGUACUGCAAGUCACACUUCCGUGUUGCCCCUGUCCUCCAGCCAAGAUUAUUCACUUUCAGCUGGAGUUAAACUGAAGCCGAAAACCUAGUCUGGGAGCGCGUGAGCGGACGGCAGAGAGGAUUCAAACUAAGAGGGAAGCCGGCAAGUUAAGACACGCAUCAACUGUUAACUGCAAAAGAGCUCGAAUGUUCCAGCUUCACUCCCAAAUUCCCCUGAAGAGGAGUUUGACCAACAAUCUGUGAUUAAAAGGAUGAAUGAGGGCCGUUCUGCUCUCCUCAGAAGGUGCCAUCUUGCCUUUUCACGAGCAGACACUCUUGGCUCUGCUGGAUCUGCUGCAUCAGAGGACUGUAAAGAGGGAGAUGCUGCUCAGGCAGAGGGAGAAGCUGCCUUCCCGCUCUCAGAGCUCUCACAGCUGUUUGAAAGUGAGGAUGGCUCCCAGUCCGCUCAGGACACUAGCCAGGAAUCCGCCUUGGAGCUGGUCCAGCCUGGCAACCCUGCAGACAGCAGACAGAACCUGAGGACAAAGUUUCAGGGUGCUUUCAGGAAGGGCAUCUCCCACCCAAUGGACCUGUUUGAGGCCACCAUAUAUGAAUCAAAUGUUGUUCCAGCCCCUAAAAAAGCUCCAAUGGACUCACUAUUUGACUAUGGCACCUAUGGAAAUUCUAGUAACCAGAAGAAACGUCGCAAAAAGCUCCCAAGAGGCAAAACUGAAGCAUCCUGUGACAUCGUUCCAAACCCUGACCCACCUAAAGUAAUGAAAAUAUUCAACCGCAUUCUGCUAUUUGACUGUGUGUCACGUGGAGACCCAGAGGACCUCGAGGGCCUGUUGGAGUACCUGCAAGUUCACGAGAAGAGGUUAACCGAUGAGGAGUUUAGAGAACCAUCCACCGGUAAGACCUGCCUGCCUAAAGCCCUGCUGAACCUUUAUGGAGGUCGGAACAACACCAUCCCACUGCUGGUGGACAUUGCAGAGAAGACUGGAAAUCUCAGAGAGUUCAUUAACACACCCUUCAGGGAUGUCUACUACAGAGGUCAGACGGCGCUCCACAUCGCCAUCGAGCGGCGCUGUAAGCAUUAUGUGGAACUGCUGAUGGAGAAGGGGGCAGAUGUCCACGCCCAGGCAAGGGGGCGCUUCUUCGAGCCAAAAGACGAGGGGGGUUACUUUUACUUUGGUGAGCUGCCCCUUUCACUGGCUGCGUGCACUAAUCAGCCCAACAUAGUGAAUUACCUGACAGAGAAUCCACACAAGAAGGCCGACCUGCGGCGCCAGGAUUCACGUGGAAAUACAGCGCUGCACGCAUUAGUGCACAUUGCAGACAACACCAAGGACAACACUCGUUUUCUUACAAAGAUGUACGACCUGCUGCUAAUUAAGUGUACCAAGCUCUACCCUGAGUGCAACCUGGAGAAAAUGGCCAACAACGAUGGCCUGACCCCUCUUAUGAUGGCUGCCAAACUUGGCAAGAUAGGGGUUUUCCAACACAUCAUAAGGCGUGAGAUCAAAGAUGAGGAAGUUCGUCAUCUUUCACGUAAGUUUAAGGACUGGGCUUACGGUCCAGUGUACUCCUCCCUCUAUGACCUGUCUUCAUUGGAAACAUGUGGGGAGGAACCGUCUGUCCUGGAAAUCCUCGUCUACAACAGUCGCAAUGAGAACUGCCAUGAGAUGCUGGCAGUGGAGCCAAUCAAUGAGCUGCUGAGAGCCAAAUGGCAGAAGUUUGCAGCUGUCACUUUUUACAUCAGUGUGGUAUCCUACCUCAUCACCAUGAUCAUCUUCACCUUAGUGGCUUAUUACCAUCCAACUGAGGGAAAGCCUCCUUUCCCGUACACUACAUCUACUGACUACUUGAGAAUGGUUGGAGAGAUUUUCACGCUGGCAUCGGGAAUUUUCUUCUUCCUCACAAAUAUUAAGGACCUCUUCCUGAAAAAACGCCCAGGGGUGAAAUCAUUAGUUAUGGAUGGAUCCUUUCAACUUCUGUACUUCAUCUACUCUAUCCUGAUAAUCAUCACAGCUGCUCUGUACCUGUCUGGCAUUAAGGCAUAUGUCUCUGUGAUGGUGUUUGCUCUGGUGCUGGGCUGGAUGAACACUCUUUACUUCACCAGAGGCCUGAAGCUCACUGGCACCUACAGCAUCAUGAUCCAAAAGAUUCUCCUCAAAGACAUCUUCAGGUUUCUGUUGGUAUAUUUACUCUUCAUGAUUGGAUAUGCUUCCGCCCUGGUGUCCCUGCUGACAGUGUGCCCCACAUCCGGGCCGGAGUGUGAAGGAGGCUGCCCCACCUACCCCAAAUGCAGAGAGCCAGGCACAUUCAGCACUUUCCUCUUAGAUCUAUUCAAGCUGACCAUUGGGAUGGGAGACCUGGAAAUGAUCAACAGUGCACAGUAUCCAGAAGUCUUCCUCAUCCUCCUAGUCACUUACAUCAUUCUCACCUUUGUGUUGCUGCUGAACAUGUUGAUCGCUUUGAUGGGGGAGACUGUGGGACAGGUGUCCAAGGAAAGCAAAAAGAUCUGGAAACUUCAGUGGGCAACAACCAUCCUGGACAUCGAGCACUCAUUCCCAGUCUGUCUACGAAGGUCUUUCCGAGUUGGUGAGAUGGUGACGGUUGGGAAGAAUUUGGAUGGCACACCGGAUCGACGCUGGUGUUUCAGAGUGGAUGAAGUAAACUGGUGUCACUGGAAUCAGAAUCUUGCAAUAAUCAAUGAGGACCCAGGCAGAAGUGACACCAGUCAAACCAACGGGCUGCGGCAGAGUGUCAAAGGCUUAAGGAGAGAUCGCUGGACCACCGUGGUCCCGCGGGUGAUGGAGUUAAGUAAGAGUCCUCAACCCCAUGACCUGGUGGUGGAGAUGGAGCCGUUGACGACACGAAAUUGAUAACCUGCACUGGAUCAGUGCUCCUCUUGUUGCAUAAACAGAUGUCACACUGAAAUGCAGAAUAGUUAAGAAAGGGAUUAUAUUCACCUGAAAGUAAAAACCAGUGUUGUGGUUCAGUGUGUCAGACAUCAACUGGCCAUCACUCAGGGAUUUCAAGCAUAACUAUUCUACAUUCCCAGGGUUCCUAUGGUUUAAUUAUAUGACAAUAAUAAUAGCUGAAGUAUAAGUAGAAAGUAACGUCUAAAGUGCUUGAGACUCAAUUUUAGAAAAAAAUUACCGAAAUUUGUAUUUAAAAUACAUUAAUACGAAAGGCUCUCACCACAAGCAGUGCUGCUUUUUUAAACUAAAACAAUGGUCUGUGCCAAUUUCUGAUGUUGGUAAUAUUCUAUGAAUACAAGCACCGUGUUUUUGAAUACGAUGGGCACGAUGAGCAGGCUAUACUUGUCAAACAAAUAUGCAAAUUCAAAACAAUAGCCUUGCUUGUUCCGGUUUGUCUUUGAAUUUGCAGAGUUUUUGUUCCUUUGCAGCUGGGGUAUUUGCAUAAUCAACUCUCAGUCCUUGCCAUUAUGCACUUUCCCCCAUUUGCUGCAGUGUUUCCAUCAUAAUUGGCUCUUUGCCCUAUGCAUCAUUUUUAUCCACAAUAACUACAUAUGGAAUUUGUGUGUUCUUGUGUCCCUUGUCAUGUUUUUUUUAUUUUACAUAUUCACUACUGCUGAAGGCCACAGGCCAUUUUUUUCAAGAUGUAACAUUUCCUGAAAAUCCAUGCCUUUUUUUAAAUAUGUUUGUGAAUUCUUGCACAAAUAACUAUUAUUAUGGAAUUUUCUUAUUAAAUGUAAAUACGUUUUUUUAAAUGAGUUUUAAAAUAAAACAAACCAAAAGUCCA